AUGGUCUAUCUCCCUAUGUGCUUCCUUUAUUGCACUCGUUUCACGAAUCCCAAGAAGCUCAACGAUCCUCUUCUUGAGCAGAUCCGCAAGGAGAUUUACGUCUCUUCCUACGACACUGUGAAGUGGGACAAAGAGCGCCACUCCAUCUGUCCCCUCGACGAAUACUCGCCAGUCACGAGACUUCAGAAGUUUCUGCAUGACGUGCUGUCAUGGUAUGAGACUCACCUCUCCCUCCACUUCCUGCCCCCCUUCUCCUGGCUGCGUCGAGCAGGUGUGAGCAACAGAGCCAUGGAGUACAUCGAAGCCGAAGAUCUUCAGACUAACUUUAUUGACAUCGGGCCCGUGAACAAAGUGUUGAAUAUGCUAUGCGUUUGGGCUGAUGCUGGAUGCAAGACAACCCCCAAUUUUUUUCGGUUUCCGGACACCUGCAUCAAAGCGUAUGAUUACUUAGCUCGCACUCAAAUUCUGAGCACGCCAAUGAGCCAAUCCUCUCGAGCCUACGAGUACGAGAGUGUAGAGAAGAGAAAACGAUUCUUCCGACAUGUUUCUAAGGGGGGUUGGCCCUUCUCCACCUCUGCUCACGGAUGGCCCAUCAGCGAUUGUUCGUCUGAAGGCCUCAAAGCCGUUCUGUCACUCCACUCGCUUGCAGGACUAUCAGAGCAAACGGGCAAGGCAGGAGAUGCUGCUGCUGCUCAUGAGCAGCAGCAGCAGCAGCAGCAGCAGCAGCAGCAGCAGCAGCAGCAGCAGCAGCAGCAGCAGCAGCAGGAGAAGCAAAAGCAAAAGCAAAAGCAAAAGCAGAAGAAGAUGGAGAAGCAGAAGCAAAAGCAUCUGAUUCUCUCCUUACGCGCUGAUAGAUUUCUGGAACGAUUUCUGAUGAAAGAUUAUUUGAUUGCGCACAUCUGCUUUUGA